GAUCUGUCCGGCUCGAUUGAUGACCUCCCCACUGGGACGGAAGCCGGUCUGGGCUCAGCUGUUAGUGCCGGCGGCUCCUCCAGCAGCAGCAGUAGCCAAGGGGAGCAGGGGGGGGUUGCCAACCAGGGACAGUCCCCCUUCUCUCCCCACGCUUCCCCCCACCUCCCCGGCCAGAGGAGCGGGCCCUCUCCCUCCCCUGUGGGCUCGCCUGCAGGCUCCACUCAGUCCCAGCAGUCACGAUCAGGCUCAGGACCCAUCUCUCCUGCCAGCGGACCCUCUGUCAACAACACGGCACCAGGUCCCACUAUGGCCCCACAGAACACUGGGAACGGACCAGAUGGAGCUCACCCACCAAACAACCGCUCACCUAUGCCUCAGGACAGAGGAUUUGUUUCCAACAUGCAGAGGAACCAGUCUAGCUCUCAGUUUGCUUCUCCUCAGUCUGGACCUCCUAUGUCCCCCCAGACCUCACCUGGGGGCCCAUUGUAUCCUGGGAUGGGUCCCUACUCCCAGAGCGGCCCGCCAGGCCCUUAUGGACCUCAAGGAUCACAAUAUGGACAACAAGGAAACUACCCUCGGCCCUCUAACUAUGGUGGGACAGCCAGUACCAGCUAUAGCGGCCCCGGCCCAGGCAUGAACAACAGUCUAGGGAUGAAUGCUAGCAGCCCCAUGCACGGCCAGGGGCCUGGCCAACCCGUACCUGCAGGGCGUAGUCAUGGUCCAGGAAGCCAGAACAGGGUGUACCCCCCCAUGGCUCCCAGCUCCCCUGGAAUGCCCCAACCUGCAGGGCCUGGGAUGGGCCCCCCUUCUAUGGGAAGCUCUAACCGCAAGACCCAGGAGGCAGCAGCAGCAGCAGCUGCCAUGCCAGGAUCUACAAAUUCAAAUCACAAUAGUCUGUUGACACCGAUCUCCAGGCGGCCUCCAUAUGCGAGGUCUCCGGCCCAGAUGCAACAAAUCCAACCCAACUCCACCCACUGGCCUGCACCCUACUCUACCUCUUCCUGUCCCACAUCCUUACCUCCACCCAGACCUCACCAUCCACUCAUUCUGCCACCCUCCCAUUCACAGCACUAUAGGCAGGGCAGCUAUCAAGGUCCUGGCAUCAGCCCACCGAGCACCAUGACCGCCACUGUCCCCUACAGCCAGCCAACAGGAAACAACAGUUCAGCAAUGGGAAACACACAAGGUCCAGCCUACAAUAUGCCACCUUCAGGAGCCAUGGGCGUGUCAGGAGACAUGAUGAUGAGCCCAGAUGGAAAACCAAAAACAGACCUAAAAGAUGACAGCGGCUCUGCCAACAUCAACGAGCCUCACAAACCAAAGCAGCUACAGGACAGCUACAGCAACAAUAACAGCAGUGGCUCCCAGCAGUGCGUGUCCCAGCCGGCCACGCCAGGAGGUGCCCUGCCCGUGCCCUCCCCCCUCUCACCCAGCCCUGCCAGCCUGUCCUCCUACCACGGAGACGACAGUGACAGCAUCAGCAGUCCCCCCUGGCCCCUCAAGACCCCCUCCAGUCCUAAAGCCAACCCUAACUCCUCCUCCAUCAGUGGGGAGCGAAUCACACGGCUGUAUGAGUUUGGUGUGGAACCAGAGAGGCGGGUCUGGGUGGAGCGAUACCUCACCUUUAUGGAGGAGAGGGGCACACCUGUCGCCCAGCUCCCUAUUGUGGGCAAGAAGCCACUGGACCUCUGGAAGCUCUACAUCACAGUUCGGGAGAUAGGAGGCCUCGCCAUGGUAAACAAGAACAAAAAGUGGCGCGAGCUGUCCGGCACCCUGAAUGUGGGAACAUCCAGCAGCUCGGCCAGCGCACUCAAGAAGCAGUACAUCCAGUAUCUGUUUGCCUACGAGUGUAAGAUGGAGAGAGGAGAGGAGCCGCCUGCAGACAGCAGCAGCAGCAGCAGCAGCAUGGCUGGAGGGGACAGCAGGAAGCAGGUCAAGAUCCAGCCACCCUCACCCGCUAAUUCAGGCGGCUCCCUCCAAGGCCCUCAGACACCUCAGUCCUCUGGCAGCAGCUCUACAGCAGAGGCAGCAGGGGAUCUGAAACCCCCCACACCUGCCACCACCCCUCUGGGACAGGUUACAGCCCUGCCCCCCAACAGGAGCAGUGUGAGUGUUCAGGACCCCUUCUCAGAGGUGAGCGACCCUGCCUUCCAGAAGCGUGCUACCUCUCUGCCCCCCUCAGCUCCCUACCAGCAGGGCCUCAGCAUGCCUGACAUGAUGAUGAGAAUGCAGUACGAUAGCAAGGAUCCCUUCGCUGGGAUGAGGAAGAUGGCAGGAGCUGAUCCCUACAUACCCGGUCAGAUGCCCGGCAGUGGUAUGCAGGAAAUGUAUGGUCGACCUCCACCAGCCUUGAGCAUGAGCCAACGCUCUCAGUACCCCUACGGGCCAGGCUAUGACCGGAGGCCGGACCAUGUGAUGGGCAUGGAGGGGAGUAUGGGUCCCCCUGGCAGUCAGAACAACAUGGGACCAUCUAACAGUGAGGGCAGUAUGUACUCUCCCAGCAGAUACCCUUCCCAGCAAAGACAUGAUGGCUACGGUCAGCAGUUUCCUGCCAUGCCAUACGGGAUGCACCCAACAGGGAUGUACCCACAGCAACAGGGCUACAAGAGACCCAUGGACGGCAUGUACGGCCCCCCACCCAAGAGGCAUGAGAGCGACAUGUACGCCAUGCAGUAUGCCAACCAGCAGCCGGACAUGUAUAACCACUACGGCGGGGGGUACUCUGAACACAGACCCCUCCAGGGACAGUUCCCCUUCCCUUAUACCCGUGACCGCAUGGCCCCCUCUGGUCAGAGCCAGCACAGUAUGAUGGGCGGGGGGCCCACUCCAAACCAUGCUUCAGAUGGCCCCAACAUGUGGCCCUCCAGGACAGACCUUGGCUAUCCCUACCCCAACAGACAGGGCCCCCCCUCACAAAUGCCACCAUAUGGCUCAAUCAGCAGAGAUGAAAUUGACGGACGGCCCGGGCAGGAGCCGUGGCACCGUCAGUCUCCCUACAUUUCAUCAUCAGGUGGGAUGCCACCCCUGUCUUCACGCCAACCAUCUCCUUAUUCCAACUCUUCAGCCAUGGCCAACCACCUGCCCAGAGCCCCCAGCCCAGGGGCCUUCCAGCGCUCCAUGGACUCUCGAAUGUCGCCCAGCAAAGCAGCGUUUAUGUCGCCCAUGAAGAUGCACAAGCCAGGGAUGAGCAUGAUGGGCCCUCAGGUUGGUGGGCCCCUCGGUCAGUUUCCUCCAAAUCUGAGGCGGGACCUCAACUACCCACCAGGAUCUGUGGAGUCCACCAUGCUGACCCUGAAGCCCAAACGCAAGAUCAGCUCCAAGGACACUGGAACGCCUGAGGCCUGGCGCGUAAUGAUGUCUCUGAAGUCAGGCCUGCUGGCAGAGAGCACAUGGGCUCUAGACACCAUCAACAUCCUGCUGUACGACGACAACACGGUGGCCUCUUUUAACCUCUCCCAGUUGCCUGGAUUCCUUGAGCUGAUUGUCGAGUAUUUCCGUCGUUGCCUGAUCGAGAUCUUCGGCAUCCUAGAAGAGUUCGAGGUAGGGGCCGUGGCUCAGAAGCCUAUAUUGGAGCCUGCUGGUGACCAGAAAGAAGAAGCCAUCCCUGUCCUGGACACAGACUCUACUGUCCAUCCUGAACCUAAAUCUCCACAUGCACCAGAGACGCAAGUGGAGCAAGCAGGAGGCGUCAUGGAGGAAGCGUUACAGGUCACUGCAGAGCCAGAGUCGGCUGAGGUGAAAGCUGAGAAGGAGGAGUCUGAGGUGAGUGUAAAGAAGGACACCCAUGAAGAGGACAGAGAGAAAGAGGGAAAAGAAGAAGAGACUGAAAAAGCAUCCGAGAGCAAAAAGGAGUGUGUAGACCAGCCUGUUUCAGAGCUAGAACCCAAACCUAAACAAGCCAGUAAAUACGAUAAGCUACCAAUCAAGAUUGUCCACAAAGAGGACCUUCUUCAGGACAGGACAGAGCACUUAGGCUACGUCACUGAGUUCACCAGUGGGUUGCUUCACUGGCAGGCAGGUGGAGGCGAUUCCACCGCACACAUUCAGACACUGUUUGAGCCCCGGAGUGAUCCCCCUGCUACAGCGGAGAACAAGACGAGCAAAGACAAGAACGAGGAAAACAUGGGGGACGAUGGAAAUAAACAACCUUUGAAACAUAUCACAGCUACCAUCGAUGAUGUUCUCUGUGCACGGGUGGACGCUCUUUCUUACUCCCACCCUGCGCGCUCCUUGCCAUCUUACCCCUUUAGGGUGCAUUCAGACGGAGAGAAAGACCACAUCACCCUGCUGGAGGAUGAGCCUCGCUGCCUAGACGAGGCUCCGCUCUCCACGACCUCAGCCUGGCAGGAGUCUCUGGCCAAGCGUUGCCUCUGCGUCUCCAACAUAGUCCGGAGCCUCUCCUUUAUCCCGGGGAAUGACUCUCAAAUGUCGGGCCACCCGGCUAUGGUUCUCCUUCUUGGCAGGCUGCUCCUGCUGCACCACCAGCAUCCAGAGAGGAACAGGUUGCCUCCAACCUACCAGAGAGAUGAGCAUCAGGAGCAGGGUCUGUCCAGCAGCAAAGAGGAGUGGUGGUGGGAGUGUCUGAGUCUGCUCAGGGAGAACGCCAUGGUCACUCUGGCCAACAUCUCCGGCCAGCUGGAUCUCUCCUCCUACCCCGACACUAUCUGCCUUCCAAUCUUGGACGGCCUCCUCCACUGGAUGGUGUGCCCUUCAGCAGAAGCCCAGGACCCCUUCCCCUCAGCAGCUCCCCACUCUCAGCUCACGCCCCAGAGGUUAGUGCUCGAGUGCCUCUGCAAGCUGAGCAUUCAGGGCGGCAAUGUCGACCUCCUGCUGGCCACCCCGCCUUUCAGCCGGCAAGAGAAACUCUUCACCGUCUUGAUCCGCUACGUUGGUCAGAGGAAGGCGCAGGUGUACAGGGAGAUGGCCGUGGCCGUCCUCGCCCACCUGGCUCAAGGAGAACCCACAGCUGCACGUGCCAUAGCCAUGCAGAAAGGCAGUGUUGGUAAUUUGGUAGGCUUCUUGGAGGAUGGCGUUAGCAUGGCGCAGUACCAACAGAACACUCACAGCCUGCUGCACAUGGGGCACCCGCCUAUGGACCCACCUAGCAUAAACAUGAUGUGCAGAGCAGCUAAAGGCCUGUUAGCCAUGGCUACGGUGGAGGAGAACAAGACAGAGUUUGUGCUGUAUGAAAGCAGAUUAUUAGACAUCUCCAUCUCCUCGGUGCUCAACACAGGAGUGGGGUCUAUAAUUUGCCAAGUUCUCUUUCACUUAGGGAAAUCAUGACAAAAGGAGAGGCAGGACUCGCAUGACGGACCCUAAGUUGGACAAAAUAAUUUUGUUUUCUAUUUUUAUUUAUCAAAACGACAGAAAAUGUUUGUUUUUUAAAGAAAUAUCCACAUAAACAAAAUAUCUCUAUAUAUGUAUAGCUUCGGGGCCCUGUUAAAAAAAUAAGUGGCUUUGGGAUUUGAAAGCUCAUUUUAAUACAAAUAUUUAAUACCUGCUGGUGUUGGAUUGCUAUGUUUGAUAUUUCGUUUAGCGUUUGUUUUCGUUCGGUUACUUUUUCAGCCAAAGCUGCCACCAGAUUUUGGUGCUGAAUUACGUGGUUCUUUUUGAGUCGACGAGUCAUUGAGAUGUUUUUCAGUUUUAUAAAUGCUAAUAUACUCAUCAACAUUUUGUUAACGGAGAGUAUUUAUUUAAAAUGUGACACUGUACAGUAGUUUGAACUUUUUGCCAACACUCAUGGGGGAAAAAACACUGACUUUUUAAAAUUGUAAUGUAUAUGUUUCCAUUGCUGGAAGAUAAUUUGUGCAAUAGGACUAGAGCAAGUUGUCCCUUUCCGAUAACAACAAGGAGAUGUAAAUGUUUAAGGACACCUGCAGUGUGUGCUUAGGGCCAUGAGGAGGCAGCAUUGCACCAGCCAAUCAACAUGAGAGGAGCGGGUCUGUCUAAAAAAAGUACCUAAUUUAUCAGUCAUAGCCUCAACAACGUUCACAGAUGGACUUUGUGUUUGCUAAACACUUGUGUUAUGUCUGUAUUUUUUCAUCACUCUGUAUAUAAAUGGUACAAUGGACGCAUAUGAUGCUUUCAGUCUCAAUCAAGCAUAACAAGAGAUGGGACUUUGUGACUAUAACAAAUGCUUUUAUUGUUGGUAAAAUUUGUUAUUGUUAUUAUACAUAUUUUGUUAAUGGGGUCAAAUAUUUGAACAUUGCAGAUGUACCUGAUGUUUCAAUGUAUAAAUUCCUGUAUGCAUUGUAUUAUAGCUGAGAAAACAAUCGCUUUGGUAAUCAAAUGUGGAAGUGCCAGGGUGAGAGGAUACGUAGGUGAGGUUACUUAAGAAAAAACUGAACACAUUUCUGUUUGUUACUGUCCUCCAUUCAUGUCAAAGGGCAUAUUUUUGAAUCUAGAUAAUGCUCUAAAAGAAACGUGUGAAAAGAACUUUCAAAAUGUCCUGAAAGCUCAUUGUAAAAUUUGCCUUUUUUUCGUAUGACUCCAUGUCUCUCUUUUAUUCAGUAAACACAUUUAUACUCUGUGCUGCACAUGUCACAAAUAAAUGUAUGAUCAACAUUGUUAAGCAUCGGCGACGUUGCAUUAUGUCCAGACAAUCUUAGGCCAAUAAAACAAACAUCAACUGCUGA